CUUCUUCUUCCUGUCGAGGUGCCAAAAGCCAGCAGCAAAGCUCGGCCUGACAAAUUUCAUAACUAUUCUGACGUUUUUUUGGCACCUCUUUCUUCCUCGUGCCAUUAUGUUUAGAUUGGUUGCUUCCAAGGCUCCUCUGGCUAAUAUUGCCGCGCGCAAUGCUGCAUGCAAAACCGUGCGUGCACCUGUCGCCACCCAGUUCUACCGUUACUACAGCAGCCCUGCUGAUACCGAAUACGAUGUCGUCGUUAUUGGUGGUGGUCCCGGUGGCUAUCCUGCUGCUAUCAAAGCCGCCCAACAGGGUCUCAAGGUUGCUUGUAUCGAGAAACGUGGUACUCUCGGUGGUACGUGCUUGAACGUUGGCUGCAUUCCUUCCAAGGCCAUGUUGAACAACUCGCACAUUUUCCACCAGACCCAACACGAUUUGAAAUCGCGUGGUAUUGACGUGAGCGAUGUCAAAUUGAACUUGGACAACAUGCACAAGGCUCGUUUGAAGGCCGUGAACGGUUUGACCAACGGUGUUGAAUACUUGUUCAAGAAGUACAAGGUCGAUUACAUCAAGGGUGCAGGCAGCUUCAAGACCGCGACUGAAAUUGCCGUCGACGGCUUGGACGGCAAACAAUCGUCUCUCAAGGCUAAGAAUGUGAUCAUUGCUACCGGAUCCGAAGUCACGCCUAUUCCUGGCAUGGAAAUUGAUGAAAAGAAGAUUGUUUCUUCUACCGGUGCUCUUGAACUUGCCAAGGUGCCCAAGAAGAUGGUAGUGAUUGGUGCGGGUGUCAUUGGUCUCGAAUUGGGUUCGGUCUGGUCUCGCUUGGGUGCCGAAGUUACCGUCGUCGAAUACCUCAACGCCAUCGGUGCUGGUAUGGAUGGUGAACUUGCCAAAAACUUUCACAAAUUGUUGUCCAAGCAAGGCUUGAAGUUCAAGAUGAGCACCAAGGUCAACGGUGCCAAGAUUGAAGGUGACAAGGUCUUGGUCGAUGUUGAAGCUUCCAAGGGUGGCAAGGCCGAAACGCUCGAAGCCGAUGCUGUCUUGGUGGCCAUUGGUCGUCGCCCUUACACCACAGGCCUUGGUUUGGAAAAUAUUGGUGUCGAGAUGGACAACCGUGGCCGUGUUGUAAUUGAUUCGGAAUUCAAGACCAACGUACCCAACGUUCGCUGCAUUGGUGAUGUCACUUUUGGUCCCAUGUUGGCUCACAAGGCCGAGGAUGAAGGUUUCGCUGUAGCUGAAAUGAUUGCUACGGGCCACGGUCACGUCAACUACGACGUGAUUCCUUCCGUUAUCUAUACGCAUCCCGAAGUCGCUUGGGUUGGUAAGAAUGAAGAACAAUUGAAGCAAGAAGGUGUCAAAUACAAGACUGGCAGCUAUCCUUUCGUUGCCAACUCGAGAGCGCGUACCAACGAUGACACCGAUGGUUUGGUCAAGGUUAUCACUGAUGCCGAAACCGACCGUAUCUUGGGUGUCCACAUCAUUGGUCCCAACGCCGGUGAAAUGGUCGCUGAAGCUGGUCUCGCCAUGGAAUAUGGUGCCUCUGCCGAAGAUGUUGGCCGCACUUGCCACGCUCAUCCUACAUUAUCUGAAGCUUUCCGUGAAGCUUGCUUGCUUGCUUCGUUUGGCAAUGCCAUCAACUUCUAAAACCGUCCGGCCGAUAGACCGUAAAAGGAUCGACAAUAGUUCAUAUAAAGAUACGCUUAAAAAAAUAAACCAGUAACGCCCACGUUUUUGUCACUCUGUAUUUGUCGGCUAUCCUGUCAUAUGUAACUGCCAAUUAUGAG